AUGGAAGAAAACAAGACGAUGAACGAAAAUCUGAUCAACUCCUUCGUCGAGAUCACUUCUUCGUCAAGAGAAGAAGCUACUUUCUUCCUCGAGAGUCACCGAUGGGAUCUAGACGCCGCCGUCUCCACUUUCCUCGACAACGAUGCCGCAGCCGCUGCCGCCGAUUUGCCAGCUGGACCAAACCCUAGCUUACCUCCUUCUUCGAUCGCCGCUGCGUCUCCCUCUCAAUCUCAGUCUCCGGAGUACUCUCCGUCUGAAAACUCUCCUUCUCGGUCACGAUCUCCUUCUCCCCCUUCCCGCGACGCUCCCUACCGCCUCCGAUCGAAAGGCGCCGCAUCAGAGAAUCAGGGAGCUGAGAAUCCUUCCGGUAGCCGGAAUACGAGGAGCCGUCAACAGGCUGGGAACAUCCGUACCUUCGCCGAUCUGAACCGUUCGCCGGCUGACGGAGCGGAUAGUGAUUCUGAUGAGGGUCAAGAGUACUACACUGGUGGACAGAAGAGUGGGAUGAUGGUUCAAGAUCCUAAGAAACCAAAAGACGUCGAUGCACUAUUUGAGCAAGCUAGGCAGUCAGCUGUAGACAGACCCGUUGAGCCAUCAUCGAGGUCAGCUUCUACAAGCUUCACCGGAGCUGCUCGGUUGUUGUCUGGCGAAACUGUUUCCUCUUCUCCUCAGCAGCAACAGCAAGACCAGCCUCAAUUGGUUAUGCACACCAUCACUUUCUGGAUGAAUGGUUUCACCGUCGAUGAUGGUCCCUUGAGGAGGUUUGAUGACCCCGAGAACAGAGCCUUCAUGGAGAGCAUUGCAAAGUCAGAGUGCCCUCAUGAACUUGAACCAGUAGAUAGGAAGAUCCGUGUUCAUGUCGAUCUCGUCAGGCGUAAAGAGAAUUACACAGAACCGCCAAAGCCGAAAACUCCAUUUCAAGGUGUGGGAAGAACCUUAGGAGCUAGCGGAUCCGGAACAAGCUCUGAACCACAAGCUGCACCACCGCAAAGGAACACGGCACCAGCACCAUCAAGAGGGCUAAUUGUGGAUCCAGCUGUUCCGGUUACGUCGAUCCAGCUCAGAUUGGCAGAUGGCACACGCCUUGUAUCCAGGUUCAAUAACCACCACACUGUGAGAGACAUUCGUGCUUUCAUCGACGCUUCGAGACCAGGUGGCUCCAAAGAGUACCAGCUGCUAACCAUGGGGUUCCCUCCUAAACAGUUGACCGAGUUGGACCAAACCAUCGAGCAAGCUGGUAUCGCUAACUCCGUCGUUAUCCAGAAAUUCUAG